AUGUCAACUUACAGACUUUAUUAUUUCAAUGGUCGCGGUCGAGCUGAAGUGUCACGUUUAAUUUUUGCUGCUGUCGGUCAAAAAUUUGAGGACAUUCGUUAUGAACAAAAUGAAUGGCCAUUACAUAAAAAUCAAAUGCCUUUAGGUCAAAUGCCUGUUCUUGAAUUUGAAGGUGUAAAGUUACCACAAUCAUUUACUAUCGCUCGUUUUCUUGCUAAACAAUUUCAAUUAGCUGGUAGAGAUAAUUUUGAACAAGCUAAAGUUGAUGCGGUUGUUGAUACAAUUACUGAAGUUGCAUCAAAAUUGGCAGCACUUUCUCGGGAAAAAGAUGAAGCAAAAAAACAAGACGGUAUGCGAAAACUAUUCACAGAAGAUAUACCGAAAAAUCUACAAAAUCUUGAACUUUUGGGUAAAUUAUAUGGUAAUGGUGGUCCAUAUUUUGUUGGUAAUCGUUUAACAUGGGCCGAUUUAUAUUUUUAUGAUUCAGCAGAAAAUUUUCUUCGAAUCGAUGGAAAUGUUUUAAAUAGAUAUCCAUGGCUACAACAAAAUCGUCACGAAGUUGAAAGACAACCGAAAAUUUCAGCUUAUCUCAACAGUCGACCGCAAACAUUUUUUUAA